CUCCGGGUAGAACGGUGAGGGGGAGGCACUUCCGUCCCCUUCCCCCUGACAUCCGCUGUGAGCUCUGAGGGUGACUCCCCCUUUCUGGGACUAUCAGAGGGCCACAGCAGGGACAGUGGUCCCAAGCCACCUAUGCAAAAGUGAGUUCGCCAGUUUUUAAUAUUGGUUUUUCAACAUUAUUCUGAAGGCAAUUACAGAACUUGUGGAAGAGCCCAUUCGAGUGAUGUAAACCCCUGGUGAAGAACGAAGGGUGUUUUCUUAAGAAUUGACAAAAUGCGCUGCCCAUCAAUAUCAGGCUGGCCUGGAGAUUAUGCUAAUUCUCCUCAGGUGCCAAGUCUCUUGUUGCCUGGUGACAAAGUUUCCCAGUGGAGGAAGAGGACCUGGGACGGGCUUCCCUCAUGUGGGUUGGUUCUACUGUGACAGUUGAGGACAUCUGUGAGUUGGAAAGAACAGGCCAUCCAAUCCUUCCUGUUGUAUUGAAAGGUCACAGUUUCCCACUUCUGAUGUCAACACCUGUUGACCUACUCAGUGGGCAGGAGAGCUGAGUAGGAUGCUGGCCUUGCAGAGAUGAAGGACUGUAGGGAGACCCCUGCUCACUAGGGCUCUGAAAUGGAACUCCUGGCAUCAGACUGUGUCUAGUGGUACUCAGCUGCUUCUCGGGUCAGGAUGGCUCCUUGCCUUCCACACCCAAGGGUUCCAGCCAGAGUAAGGAAGCCUCAAGGAAAAGCAUGCAAGAUGAGCCCUCAUGUGGCCUGGGGCUACCUGGGGACACAGACUCCCCAGGGAGGAGGGAAGUGCAUUAGCCCAGCCAUGCCCCACUUUGCCUCCAGAUGAUUAAUGGUGGGCUCAGAGCCAAAGGGGCAUGGAGAGGCUCCUUAAUGGAGCAGGACUGUGCAGCCCCCUCUCUGCUCCUGGCCUCCAUCAAUCAGGUCUGGGGGCCUCUUGCCACAGGUUGAGUGGGCUGUGCGGGCAGAGUGGUAUCUACAUCUUGGGAAGCAUCCCAUCCUGUGCAGUGACUGAUAACCCAUGCUUGACUUUAAUCUCAAAGAGAAGAAAACCAAACCACAGCCCAAGCAUGGUGGGAUCGAUCUGGUGGCCAGAAUCAGUAACAAUGGAGAUAUUAGCUGUGAGAACCUGGAGACCAAGGUGUUUACUGUCUACCCCACAAUACUCCUGUGUAUCAGUGGGUGAGCAAAGGAAGGAAGCUGGAUAAACACCAGGAGCUGCCUCUGAUCUGUCACCAAGGACUAGUGAGGGCGUGGACAAAGGCCCCUGUGGUUACCCCUUGACCAGGCCCCUAAGCAAGAGAAGACUUCGCAGGACUUGGGACAAAUGGACUAAAAACUACCUGUUGUUAUCAGAAGUGCAAAUUUAGCUGGAGAUCUUUUCACUAUUCACUGAAUCCGGUGACCCUGCCAUGGGACGAAGUCACUGAUGAACUUUCAUGUGACCUCUUCCUCAAGUUGAUCACCAUCCAAUCAGAAAAAACAUUCUUCUGACAGCCUUCUCCCUCACUAAGAGAACAUGGCCAAGGGUAGGAAGGGCCCCAAGGGCAAGAAGAUCACCCUCAAUGUAGCCAAGAAUUGCAUUAAAAUCACCUUUGAUGGGAAAAAACGCCUGGACCUGAGCAAGAUGGGAAUCACCACCUUCCCCAAGUGUAUUCUUCGCCUCAGUGAUGUGGAUGAGCUGGACCUCAGCCGAAAUCUGAUCAGGAAAAUCCCUGACUCCAUUGCCAGGUUCCAGAACCUGCAGUGGCUGGACCUGCACAGCAACUACAUCGACCGGCUGCCCACGUCCCUUGGCCAGAUGACCACCCUUCUCUACCUCAAUGUCAGCAACAACCGGCUGACCACCAAAGGGCUGCCCAUGGAACUGAACCAGCUCAAGAACAUCCGCACCAUGAACCUAGGACUGAACUACCUAGACAGUGUGCCCACCACACUCGGGGCCCUGAAGGAGCUGCAUGAGGUAGGGCUCCAUGACAACCUACUCAAUGACAUCCCCACAAGCAUUGUCCAGCUCCCCAAGCUGAAGAAGCUCAACACAAAGCGAAACCCCUUUCCAAAGGCGGAGGAUGCAGACACCUUUGUGGACUCUAUCAAAAGGCUGGAGAACCUCCAUCUGGUGGAGGAGAAGGACCUGUGCAGGCCUUGCCUGAGAAGAUGCCAACUGGCCCGGGAGAAGCUGAACCGAAUAAAGAGCACAGUCACAGCAACACCAAGAAAGGCGCUGUUUUCUACUUUGAUCUCCCCUAACUCUACAGCCAAGGAAUCCCAGGAAGAGUGGAGGUUGCGCUCACCACCUUCCUCGAGUAGCUUAUGGCCAAACACGGAGACUACUCAGCUGACAGAAGCACAGCUCUGAAGAGGAGAACCGGGUUAGGAGAAGACAGAGGGCUGGGAGCAUUCUGAAAGCUGCCUACGCCCCGGGCUUGGCUCACAAGCUCACUGUCAAUGCCUUGCUGUGGGCUCUCCAUGUGUGAAAGUGAAUCCGGGAUACAUCUUAUGUGUUUUUUAAAGUGUAUAUAGAAGGAACAUUUAAGAAAAUAUAGACAUGCAUUAGCAACAAUGGCAAACUUAAAAGAAGACAUUCAGACUUCAAAGCCUUGCAGUCUCUAUAUUUCACUCACACUGGUACAAUCUCAACCUGACCAGAAUCCUGUGAUAAGUAUCUAUAUAAAAUGCAAUGCCGCAAGGAGCUCAUAUUUAUAUACAACAUCUACUCAGAGAAACAUACCACAGAUAAAUCAAAGUAGAAUUUUAACACAUCCUUUAGCUAUGCACAGGAAAGCAGAAAAAAGAAAACAGAGAUGAACAAAAAGGAAGGAAAACACUACAAAAACUAAAAUGUCAGACUUACAUCCUAACGUUUCAAAACUCGCAUUAAAUGUAAACAGUUGACUUUAUCUGUAAUGGCGCCAAAGUGGAAACAAUGCACACAUGGUUGAACAAACUCUGGUAUGUUCAUAUCCUGAAAUACUGCCUGGUCACAAAAAAGGAGCACGCUAUUUACACAUGCAACAACUCAAAUAGACCUCAGCGGUAUCAUUUUGGGUUUAAAACAGCCAAUCUCCAAAGAUCUCUGUGGCUCUAUCUAUAGAAUUGUUCAGAUGACAAAAUGAUAGAGAUGGGAAGUGGAUGAGUGGCUGCCAGGAGCUAAGGACAGCAGGGAGUGGCAGAGCCAGGCAUGAUCAGAAAGGGCAGUGUGAGAGAUACUUGCAUAAAAUAACUAUGUGUGUUACAGGAAUCUACACAAGUGAGAAAGUGACAAAGAUACACGAAACACAUGUAGCAGUGUAAAUGCCCUGGUUUUGAAGUUGUACAGUAAAUAUCAUGCACCUAUGGGGCAAUCAGGUGAAGACUGUAGGGGGCCUCUCCAUGAUCGUACAAUUUCCUGGGAAUCUGUAGUUAAUUCAAAAUAAAAAUUUAAAAAUCAGUCUUACCACCUCGCUGUGAUAAUAAACAGACCCUUCCACAUCUCUCCAGUGCUUAUCUCUGACAGUGCUCCAGUCACUAUAGCAA